GAAGUGGACAUCGCGCCCAACUUUGGGGCGGAGCUGAAGGACGGCUUCAAGCCAGUCAAUGCUUGGGUGAGCAAUGGUAUCGCCUGGCUCGACGACAUCCAGCAGUUCUACCGCGAGCGCAGCGCCAUUGAGAAAGAGUACAGCCAGAAGCUCAGCGCGCUGGCCAAGAAAUACUUCGAGAAGAAAACGAAAAAACAGAGUAGUCUCAGCGUUGGAGACACGCCGACGGUGACACCAGGCUCACUGGAAAGUGCUAGCAUGACUACUUGGACGGUUCAAUUGUCCACGUUAGAGCAAAGGGCAGCCGAGCAUGAACGAUAUUCAGCGCAGUUAAUCAAUAACCUUGCACAGCCUUUGCAGGCUCUGGCGCAGCAGUACGAAGACCUGCGCAAGCAGCAUGCGGAGUAUGCGGCCAAGCUGGAGAAGGAGAGAGAUGGAGUGUAUGGCGAGCUGCGGAAGACCAAGGGCAAGUACGACAGUGUAUGCCAAGAAGUGGAGAACCGGCGGAAGAAGAUCGAGAACAGCUUCGAUCACGGCAAGACGAAGGCCCAAGGCGCAUAUCAGCAGCAACAAAACGAUAUGCGGAACACUAAGAACACUUAUCUAAUCGCCAUCAAUGUAACGAACAAGCAGAAGGAGAGAUACUAUCAUGAGUAUGUCCCCGAGCUCCUUGACUCUCUCCAGACGUUGUCAGAAGCGAAGACAGGCGCGUUGAACAAGCUUUGGAUGACGGCCGCGAGUCUGGAAACGGACACUCUGCAGCGAUCACUGAGGCUCCUCGAACAUUUAUCCGGAGAAAUACCACGAAACAACCCAGUCUUAGACAGCAUGAUGUUCGUACGGCACAAUGCAUCACAAUGGCAGGAUCCGCCGGACUUUGCUUUUGAACCUUCACCAGUUUGGCUAGACGACGAUGUAAUGGCAAGCGAUCCGGCAAGCAAGACCUUCCUUAUGAACAUCUUGUCCAAGUCGAAGGCAUCAGUAGGCGAGCUGAAGCGAGAAUGUGAUGCGAAGCGGAGGGAAGUCGAAGGCGCAAAACGAGUACGUCAGGCCAUCCGCGAAGGACGCGACAAGCGCGACGAGCUUCAAGUCGUCCGUUCGCAGUUUUACCAUCAGGAAGCAUUGCACGAGGCAGAGCGGAAGAUGAUUACUGCGGAGAUCGAGGUCAGCACCAUUCUAUCCUCCGUAGGCGACGUUACUGUCGGAGCGCGGAAGCACGCGUUCAGGAAUGAGACGUUCCGGUUACCGACCAACUGCGAUUUGUGCGGUGAUCGCAUAUGGGGCUUGAGCGCGAAGGGGCUAAUCUGUAACGACUGCGGGUUCACGUGUCACCUAAAGUGUGAGCUGAAAGUUCCGGCAGACUGCCCGGGCGAGCUGGACAAGGAAGCGAGGAAGAAGAUGAAAGCUGAGCGGCAAGCAUCAGCUCAAGCGCAGGCUGCGACACUCGAGCCUCCUACGAGCAAUGGUGCGAGCAGUCCAAACGGUACCGGCCAUCGCGGCAGUAUGCCAAGUCUCCAGCGCAGCGAUACGUUAGGCUCGAUGAACACACUGAGCUCCGGCUACGCCGCCAGUGCGCAACGCAGCGUCUCCGCUUUGACGGUGAAGUCCACAGCGGACAACGAGACCCAGCAGCCUACAGGUCGUCACAGAAUCGUCGCGCCGCCUCCCGCAACCUACGCGAACGGUGCUGACGCCACUGCGGAAGAUGAGCAGCACGGCAAAAUGCUAUAUGCCUACCAAGCGACCGGCGACGGCGAGAUCAGCGUCUCCGAAGGCCAAAGCUUUACGCUCAUGGAACCUGACGACGGAUCCGGCUGGAUCAAGAUCAAACCAUCAUCAUUCGGCGCCUCUCCUGGUCUGGUACCGGCAUCAUAUGCAGAGAUUGUACCUCAGUCUCCAUUUGCUGACCGGCCCAUGUCCACCGCUGCUUCCGCGUCGACCGUCUCGCUCGCAGGUUCAGAUUCGGGAAGCGUCAAGCAGAAGAGAGUCGGACCCGCUGUCGCGCCACGGCGAGGAGGCGCGAAGAAAGCUGCCACUCCCGCGAAGAAGCAGGUGGAGGCUCUGUAUACGUACAAUGCUAACGGGCCUGGAGAGGUGGACAUGGAGGAAGGAGAGAGGAUGGUGCUGGUGAGUGCAGAUCAGGGAGACGGCUGGUGCGAGGUUGAGGCUAGGGCUGGGAAGGGUGUUGUGCCUGCCACUUGGGUGAAGGAGGUUUAA